CACACUUGUUAUUAUAACUUUGUGAUAUAUCAUAGAAGACAAAUGUGCCUCGAAGGAAAGCUAGUUUCUGAGAUAAACAUCAAGUGUGAUGGAGAUGUUUUUCAUGAAGUAUAUAGGCACAGACCACACCAUAUCUCCAACAUGUCCCCUGAUAAGAUACAAAAUGUGGAUGUUCAUGAAGGUGUAUGGGGCACCGUUGGCUCUGUUAAUUAUUGGAACUUCAUUCAUGAUGGGAAAGAAGCGGUGGCAAAGGAGAAAGUCGAAGAAAUAGAUGAAGAAAAGAAGCUGAUUAAAAAAAGGAUAAUUGAAGGUGAUUUGUUGGAGGAUUACAAAUCAUUUUACAUCACUCUUCAUGUUGAGACAAAGGGUGAAAACAAUUUAGUUACUUGGAUUAUUGAAUAUGAAAAGAAGAAUGCCAAUGUGUCAGAUCCACACACGUUCAUGGAAUUACUCCUCAAUGUAACCAAAGAUAUUGACAAUCACCACAUCAAGUGAUACAUAAAUACUAUACAUUUGUUGAGACUCUUUGAAAAUGUUGACGAUUGUAUGUCGAAUUCUUUAAAAGUAGUGCAUUUUGAAGAAAUCGAUAUGAAUACGGCAACAUUUUUGAAAAGUUGAAGCAAUGUAUACCAAAUGCUUGGAUUUAAGCUGUUGUCUUAAAGUCAUGAAAUAAUGUGUGUUGUUAUUAGCGGGUGUGCUUUGAAAUGUCUACUAUAUAUUUGUAGCAAAAAUAAAACGAGUGGAUAUUUAAUUUUUAUAGAUAAAUAAAAAUAAAAGUUGUUAUUUGAAUUGCAUUAUAGUUUUUCUUUUUUCUUUU